AUGGGACUCGAUCUUCAGACCUACAUCUAUGGGGUCCAUCAGUCAGUCGGCACUUACAACUCCCAAUGGCUAGAACAACAACUCACCAUCAACCCUCCGUCAGAAACCGCGGCUGCCAUCGCCUCUUUCCCUGAUCCCAGCGAGAUAGACCUAUAUUUGCUUCCUGACAAGUUCAAGCCGCUCAUUCGUUCGUAUAUUAAACUCAUGAAGUCAAUUCACGUACAUAGAGCCAUAGACACUGCAUUUGAGAACUUUCUCGCGUUCAUGAGCGACUUUAAUCGAGUCGCUGAGGUGACUUCAAACUGGAUUUGUCUUGCCUUGAUCAAUAGCAGCAACGAGCUUCUUUCUUUACAUCAAGUACGCUCUGCUUCUAAAGAUAAGGCGGAAAAUGAUGCAUCUUUAGAAAAAGUCGGCGUGGUCAUUAAUAGACUGUUCAAAAUCUGUCUCACAGAUAAAUCGGUGGAGCCAGCUACGUCUAAAAAAUCGUGUAUCCAUUUCUUUUUGGCAGCACUUAUUAAAAUAUACUUCAAGCUCGAUCACCUUGAACUUGCCAGGUCCAUGGAGAAGGCACUUUUGGGCACAAAUUCCAUGAUACCGACAAUCCAGUACUGCCCAGUGGAUUACAGAAAACAUGUGGUAACAUACUUGUACUAUAGUUCACUCCUAUCGCUUGAUGACGGAGAGUUCUCCUUUGCAGAACUCAAGCUACAGACCGCUUUGCAAUUUCUAUCUUGCUACAAAAAAAUUCCCCGGGUCCGCCCUCACAUAGAGAAGAUCUUGAUGCUUUUGAUCCCAUUGACGUACUAUUUGAAGGGGAUGUCGCCAUCAAAUGAAAUAUACGACCAGUACCCCCACUUGAAGCUCGUUUACAAGGAGAAUAUUUUGAAGGCAAUCAAAGAGGGCAACGUCCUCAGCUUCGAAGCGGCAGUGCAAAAGCUCCACAAGAUCUUUCUCAAUAGACACAUCUACAUUUUGAUUGUCAAACUCAAAUACUUGUGCUAUCUACUGUUAUUUAAGAAGACAGCCCUCUACUACAAACUGUUUACGCAAGAGAAUCCCCAUAUUGUUCCCUUCCUGUAUUUGCAAAGGGCGCUUAAGAUGUCUAAAGAUGACCAAGAGGAAGUACCCGUCGAAGAGGUUGAGUGUAUUUUGGCAAACUUGAUAGUCCAGCGACGCGUCAAGGGCUACCUAUCUCAUACCAACAAAUGUAUUGUUCUACUGAAGACUGAAGCGUUUCCCAAACCAAGUGUUGCAGCCACUUGA